GUCGACCUCACUGACAUGAAGAUUAGACAGGGAACAGAACAUGUCCGCCAGCCACCUGAUGCAGGUUCACACACUGGGAUCAAAACAACUGCUAACGCUGCAGCAUCAAACCGGCUUCCAGGACCCCUUGUGGUAAAAGACCAAGAAGUACCAGCAAAGAUGUUGACCAACAAGGCAGAUCAGAUGACUGAGCCAAAGCCUGAUUCUGAAGAGCUUGUUAAUGUUUCUGAUAUUAAAAAAGCAUUUGAGAAAAAGGACCAGAAAAAGAAGGCGCCAGAAGCAAAGAAGAAAUCAGAGAUGUUUCAGCGGAGGGUUGUACGAGCGAGCAAAUUUCGGCACGUCUUUGGACAGGCUGUGAAAAAUGACCAAUGCUACGAUGAUAUCAGAGUUUCCAAAGUUACCUGGGACAGUUCGCUCUGUGCUGUAAAUCCCAAGUUUGUGGCGAUAAUUAUAGACGCGAGUGGAGGAGGAGCAUUCAUUGUACUUCCUUUACAGAAGAUGGGCCGGAUUGAUAAGGCAUAUCCAACGGUUUGUGGGCACACGGGACCAGUGCUGGACAUUGAGUGGUGCCCGCACAAUGACCAUGUCAUCGCCAGUGGGUCAGAGGAUUGUGCCGUUAUGAUAUGGCAGAUCCCGGAAAAUGGACUGACAGUUCCCAUCACUGAUCCAGUUGUCACCUUGGAGGGACACUCCAAGAAAGUUGGGAUUGUAUCCUGGCAUCCGACAGCGCGCAAUGUUCUCCUCAGUGCAGGGGCGGAUAACACCAUCUUCAUCUGGAAUGUGGGAACAGCUGAAGCCAUGAUAACACUCGAGAUGCACCCCGACCUGAUCUACAGCGCAUCCUGGAAUCGUAAUGGCAGCCUAAUCUGCACUACCUGCAAGGACAAGAAUCUAAGGAUGAUUGACCCACGGAAAGAGGAAGUUAUUACUGAGAUCAAAGCUCAUGAAGGGUCCCGGCCCGUGAGGGCAGUGUUCUUGGCGAACGAUAACAUCUUGACCACUGGCUUCAGUCGUAUGAGUGAGCGGCAGCUCGCACUGUGGAACACAGAAAAUGGCACUUGCAUUGCGCAGCAUGAACUGGACUCCAGCAAUGGGGUGCUUCUACCGUUCUAUGAUGCAGAUACAAACGUUGUUUACGUGAGCGGAAAGGGUGACUGCACCAUUCGCUACUUUGAGAUCACUGAUGAAGCGCCGUUUGUCCACUAUCUGAAUGCAUUCGGCAGCAAGGAGCCACAGCGGGGGAUGGGAUACAUGCCAAAAAGGGGCGUUGAUGUUACCAAAUGUGAGAUUGCCAGGUUUUUCAAGCUUCACGAAAGAAAAUGUGAGCCAAUCAUCAUGACUGUGCCAAGAAAGUCUGACCUUUACCAGGAUGACUUGUAUCCGGAUACAGCUGGACCAGAACCGGCAAUGGAAGCAGAGGAAUGGUUUGAAGGGAAAAAUAAAGACCCCAUUCUCAUCUCCAUGAAGGAUGGCUAUGUCCCUGUCAAAAACCGAGAGUUUAAACCUCAAAGAACCUGCUUAGACAAACGACAAAAGAAAAAUGAAAGUGGCGAUACCCCACUGAAAGGAACUUCUCUGAAUGCAAAUUCCGAAUCCAAGUUGGACGAGCUGGUAGAGGAGAUUAAAACUCUGAAGGCCACCGUUGCCAGCCAAGACGAGCGCAUUGCCAACCUUGAGGAUCAGAUGGCCAAAAUCGCUAUCUGAAGCCUGUAUUAUGCUUAAUUAUGGGGGUACAACUGUCUGGUGUGGAUUAUCAGAUUCUCCAAAAACCAAACUCUAACCCCCGUUACCCUGCCAUUGAUUGAAGCACCUUCAGCUUUCCAAUAUCCAAUCGCCCUUUCUUUCCUCCUCUCUCACUGGACUAACUUUGUUGCAAUUUGGAAACAGUACAUUUUUUUAAAAUAGAAUUUAUUUUCUGGAUUUUUAAUGCCAAGAGGAAACUAUUCUUUUUUUUUUUUUCUCUACACUUUCUCCACCAAAAAAAAAAAGUAUUAAUUUUUUUUAUUCCUUACUUGAGUCCUAUGCAUAUUAUCAAAGGUGUGCUCUGCUCUAAUUCUAGAGUGAUUUCCAGGUUAAAUGGGCUUGUCUGUCACUUGUCUGUCAGGUACAUGUUUUUAAGUGACUACACACACAUUCCAUGUACAAGUGUACUGCACCAUUGAAGAACACUUAAUGGGUUCAGCUCUUAUAGAGCAAAUAAAAUGGUGAUCUGUCAUUAAAUAUACUUCCAGCUGCAAAGAUAAAACAUUGAUUAUAAAAUACUCUGGUGUUUUGUGCUUUUUAUUCCAACUUUUUGUUUUAAAACAUUGGUGCAAAAAGGCUCCAUUAGGAAACACUCUUCAAUAAAUGAACAAGUCAUCAGCAGAGGCUGAGAAGAAUUGUAUAUGAACCUAAUAUUGUCUCUGUGUUUUGCAUUUUCCAGCAUGGCAAGCUGGAGAUUAAAAUACUUUGCUUUUUUCC